UUGAAGCAAUAGACCUUUAAAUGCUAUAGUCGAGCAAAUACACAAAGAAAAGUAUUCGGACAUGAAAGUGUUUUGUUUUUUUCGAAACGAAUUUUUAGGAUGACAAAUAGUGCAUCGAAAAUCAACGAAACCAAGUGAAUUAAGAGCGUUUACGAUCCGUUAAAAUGGACUCUGGAGUCGAGACAGGCAAUGAUUCUAACGACAGUUCAGCUAAUCAGCAUGAAAAUAUCAUCUUGAUGAACUUCAUAGGAACAUGUAAUAAUAAACCAAUAAUAAGAAUUAAUAACGCUUCAAGUUCUGUUUCUGUUGCAAAUGAAAAUUCAUCGAUUGAUUCUCUAAGUGACAAAGCAAUGUCUACUGAAAAUGUAAAUAAUGAUUCAGUGGAUGAUAAAUCUCCAGUCAAUCAGAACCUUCAAAGCACACCAAAUAAUAGUUUGGUCAGUGUUAGUACUUUCAAUUCUGGUCUAGUUUUCCCACUCACUGAUAGGGCAAAGAUUUGGGACAUAAAAAUACCAUCAAGGUUUUGGCCAAGUGGUGGUGAUUUUCCAACACCGAGGGACUUUGUUCAACAGACCAUUUGCAAAUCAAGUAAAUCCAAAAGUGCUCGUUGGCAAAGGUUACGUUGCAUUGAAAUGAACGUCACCAAUUGUAAAGAUGAGCGUAGGAUGCGCUUGGCUGCUGCUACAAACAACGUUGAAGUUAUGCAGCGGCUAUUGGAAGCAGGAAUUUCGCCAAAUAAUUCAGAUGAACAAGGACGAUCUCCUUUGCAUUUGGCUUCCUGCAGAGGGUUCACGGAGAUGGUGAGUCUUCUUCUGCGAUAUGGAGCAGAUCCUAAUCGUAAAGAUUCUAUUGGGAACACACCCCUGCACCUUGCAGCAGUAACAAGCAAAAUGUCCGUUGUAACCUUGUUAUUGAUGGCUGGAACUGAUGUUUUAUCUCUAGAUAGUCAUGGCCAUAAUCCUCUGCAACUUGCACAAACCAAACUCCGAGUACUCCAAAACUGCGCCCGAGAUGACUCCGAUAUGAAUAAAAUAAAAGAUGAGGUACGAAAUGUCAUCAGUAUGCUGAUGGCUUAUUUGCAAAAACAGAAGGAUACUCAGGACCAGGUCGAGGCGUUAAGCUCUUUUUGCUCGCGACUUUCUCUUUCCAAUACGUCUGAUCAGGUUCAAGAUGAUGUUAGAGAUUUAUUGGCUAAUAUUAAUUCGCUCAAGUUGACCAAUUAAGUUUCGUUUUUAGAAUUUAUUAACUUAAGUUCAACUUUUUACGACAUUAAAUUAUCAAAUAAUACAAUGAAAAAGAAAAGAUAGAAGAAGAGAAGAAACGUAACGAAAUAUUUACUUGUCAAUUCUUAACGCCAUUUCGAGCUCUAUGAGCUGUUAAAUAUUUUAAAACAUAACUUAAAAUACUUAAUGCCUUGCCAGAAUUUUAUAUAAAAACGCUUGUCACUUCUUAUUGGAUCACUUCAUUUUUAAUAAACAAUUUACUUUUCGUUUAUGCAUCGAGAUAUACCAUCUUUUGUAUGUGAACCGCUGUAUAUAAUGGUUUUUUUUUGUUAUAUAUACACAUCAUUAGAAAGUAAGUACAUAAACAAUGUAAAUGAUUUCUUUAUUAUAACUGUUCUUUCAUAGUUACAAAGCAUAGAAUUUUUUCUGUCAUAAUUUUCAAUCUCUAUAGUAUAUAAUGGUACUAUUGUGUAAUAAACGGUAUAACUCAUUUUUGGACGAAAUAUACGCAAGAUUUACAAAAUAAAAUUACUCGUUAUUUUCCAUUCUCAUAAUAAGUGUUUUUCAUCAAUGUAAAAAUCUGCAUGCUACUACUUUUUCAACAGACUGAUGGAGAUCUCAAUCAAAAAGCACAUUUACAUCAUAUCUACAAAACAGCUACAAAAAAACUAAUCUAAUAAGAACAAACAAUGUACCCAUUUAAAAAAGUAUCUAAAAAUUAACAUAUAGUCUAAAUCUUAAUUUUGACAUGACAUCACAGAAUUGGCUAGAAAACACACACACACAUAUAUAUACACACACACACACAUAUAUAUAUAUAUAUAUGUAUAUGUAUAUGUAUAUAUAUUAUAUAGUGCUGGAUUAUCCAAAACUAUAAGCUGAAUCUCCGACGGAAGAGACUUGUAAGGUUGGCAUGUACAAGCAGGGAGUCGUUGAAAUCAUUUACUUCUAUAUAUUAUAUCGCUGGCACAAUAUAAUCUGCGGAUUAAAACUGGAAAUGUUGAUAUAAAAAAAUCGACGGCCACUUUGUCAGACUUCUCUCACAUUUUCUUUCAGCUACUUAUU